UGGCCGCCGGCACCGGAAGUGCUCUGGAGUCUCCAGCCCCGGCAGAGAAUUCAGCCACCAGACCCCCUGAAGGGUCGGGUGCUUGCUCUCCGUCAGGACCGGAACCGAGAGGAGCCGGGACCGUGGCGGCGAUGGAGGCCGGUGCGGAAGGGCGCACGGCUAGUGCGCUGUUCGCGGGGUUCCGGGCCUUGGGGCUUUUCAGCAACGACAUUCCACACGUGGUGCGGUUCAGCGCACUGAAGCGCCGAUUUUAUGUGACGACGUGCGUGGGCAAGAGCUUCCACACCUACGAUGUUCAGAAACUUAGUCUAGUUGCAGUAAGUAACUCUGUUCCACAGGAUAUUUGCUGUAUGGCAGCUGAUGGGAGGCUAGUCUUUGCUGCAUAUGGGAAUGUUUUCUCUGCAUUUGCCCGGAAUAAAGAGAUAGUGCAUACCUUUACAGGUCAUAAGGCAGAAAUCCACCUUUUGCAGCCAUUUGGAGAUCACAUUAUCUCUGUUGAUACUGACAGCGUUCUUAUUAUUUGGCACAUAUAUUCAGAAGAAGAGUACCUGCAGUUGACUUUUGACAAAUCGGUAUUUAAGAUUUCUGCAAUUUUGCAUCCAAGUACCUACUUAAAUAAAAUACUUCUUGGUAGUGAACAAGGAAGCCUACAGUUGUGGAAUGUGAAAUCCAAUAAACUUCUGUAUACAUUUCCAGGAUGGAAAGUUGGAGUGACAGCUCUUCAGCAGGCACCAGCUGUGGAUGUUGUUGCAGUGGGUCUUGUGUCAGGUCAGGUUAUCAUUCACAACAUUAAGUUCGAUGAAACACUAAUGAAAUUUCGUCAAGACUGGGGACCUAUUACUUCGAUUUCAUUUCGCACAGAUGGUCAUCCAGUAAUGGCAGCUGGAAGCCCAUGUGGCCAUAUUGGACUCUGGGAUCUAGAAGACAAAAAAUUAAUCAAUCAAAUGAGAAAUGCACAUUCUACAGCAAUUGCCGGACUGACGUUUCUCCAUAGAGAGCCACUUCUUGUCACAAAUGGUGCUGACAACGCCCUCAGGAUAUGGAUAUUUGAUGGUCCUGUAGGUGAAGGUCGGCUGUUGAAAUUCAGAAUGGGGCAUAGUGCUCCUCUUACCAAAAUCAGAUAUUAUGGACAAAAUGGACAACAAAUUCUUAGCGCAAGUCAAGAUGGAACUCUUCAGUCAUUUUCCACGAUACAUGAAAAGUUUAAUAAAAGCUUGGGACAUGGAUUAAUAAAUAAAAAGAGAGUCAAACGGAAAGGACUUCAGAAUACCCUGUCAGUGAGACUUCCGCCCAUAACAGAGUUUGCAGCAGAGGAAACUCGUGAGAGUGACUGGGAUGGUAUCAUUGCUUGCCACCAAGGUAAGCUGUCUUGCUCAACGUGGAACUAUCAAAGAUCUACAAUAGGCGCUUACUUUCUCAGGCCGAAAGAGUUGAAGACGGAUGACAUAACUGCAACAGCAGUGGAUAUAACUUCUUGUGGCAACUUUGCUGUAAUCGGCCUCUCAUCAGGAACUGUAGAUGUGUAUAACAUGCAGUCUGGGAUACAUCGAGGAACUUUUGGCAAGGAACAUGCUCAUAAAGGAUCUGUUAGAGGUGUUGCAGUGGAUGGAUUAAACCAGUUAGCAGUUACAGCUGGUAGUGAAGGAUUACUCAAAUUCUGGAACUUUAAAAACAAGAUUUUAAUCCAUUCUGUGAGCCUCGAUUCAUCUCCAAAUAUGAUGCUGCUACAUAGGGACAGUGGCAUUCUGGGACUCGCCUUGGAUGACUUCUCCAUCAGUGUUCUGGACAUAGAAACUAGAAAGGUUGUCAGAGAGUUUUCUGGACACCAAGGCCAAAUAAAUGACAUGGCUUUCAGUCCUGAUGGUCGUUGGUUAAUAAGUGCUUCGAUGGAUUGCUCUAUUAAGACUUGGGAUCUUCCAUCUGGGUGCCUUGUAGACUGCUUUUUGUUGGACUCAGCCCCUCUCAAUGUUACCAUGUCCCCUACUGGAGACUUCCUGGCCACAUCCCACGUGGACCACCUUGGAAUUUAUCUCUGGUCCAAUGUAUCCCUAUAUUCAAUUGUUUCCUUACGGCCACUUCCUACAGAUUAUGUCCCUUCAGUAGUGAUGCUUCCUGGUACUUGUCAAAACCAAGAUAUGGAAUUGUCAGAAGAAACCACAGAACCAAGUGAUGAAAUGGUAGCAUAUGACUCACCAGAACAGUUGAAUGAGCAAUUGGUGACUCUGUCCCUCCUCCCUGAGUCACGGUGGAAAAACCUUCUUAAUCUUGAUGUUAUUAAGAAAAAGAAUAAACCAAAGGAACCACCCAAAGCACCAGAAUCAGCACCAUUUUUUAUUCCAACAGUUCCUGGCCUUGUACCCAGAUAUGCUGUACCUGAACAGAAUAAUAAUCCCCGGCAGUCUAAAGUGGUUAACCUUGGAAUUUUGGCUCAAAAAUCAGAGUUCUGCUUGAAACUUGAAGAAGGACUGGUAAAUAAUAUAUAUGAGUCUGCUCUCAGUCUUCUGAAAGAAUUAGGCCCAUCAGGAAUUGAAACAGAGCUGCGAAGCUUGUCUCCUGAUUGUGGUGGGUCUGUAGAAGUCAUGCAGAGCUUCUUGAAAAUGGUCGGGAUGAUGUUGGACAGAAAGUGUGAUUUUGACUUAGCCCAAGCCUACCUGGCAUUGUUUCUAAAGUUACACCUUAAAAUGCUUCCUUCAGAGCCAGUGCUCUUAGAAGAAUUGACAAAGUUGUCGUCACAAGUGGAAGAAAACUGGAUCCGUUUACAGUCACUCUUCAAUCAAAGCUUGUGUGUUCUAAAUUACAUAAAAAGUGCUUUGUUAUAAAAAUAAAUUUAAGGGACUUUAAUGUUAAAUAGAUACAAUUUAACUCAUAUUUUGUUUUCCAAGAUUGAAUGAAGAGAAAAACGUUGGCUCUAUUGACUAGUCAGUGAUUCUUCACCUUAAAUACUAAAUACUUUCUUGAAAUGAAAUUGUACUUGGCUCCGUUUGUCUUGAAGAUUUAAACAAUCUACUCUAGUAAUUAUCUGAGUCUCAGUAUUGCUGAAUUGAAGUUGUCUAAUACAUAAUAUAGUUAUAAAAGUGCUUUCAUGAUGUGACUGCUUCAUGAUGUGAAGAAAAGGAGUAUUUCCUUCCUUAGUGGCCUGUGAUGAAAACAUGAAUCACUGAGUCUUAGAGCUGGAAGAGAGGUGAGACUUCUUCUAGUACCACCCUCUCACGUCAGCAGAAGGGGAGGCAGGCUGACGUCUGCUCAGGUCUCAGUGACAGAUCUAGAUUUUCUAACAGUGACCUGGUGCUCUCUCCAUUGCAGCCUUUCUAAGGGAAAUCCUUCUUGCAUCAGGAAUGUUCAGGCACUUGCCCAAGGCAGAUUGCCUUAGGAGAAGGUUGUCACCUUAGGAGAAGGUUGGGCAGAUACCUAGGAUAAAAAAAAAAAAUUUUUUUUUUUAAGGUAAGGGAAAUUCCAAAUUCCUUGGAAGGUUUGUCCUUCAGGGCGUUUCUUCCUCCCUGAUGAUCUUUUAAUUUUAAUUGCUGGCUGUGCUUUUCUUUCACACCCAUUUCAAAACAUUUUCUCUUAUUUUCACGGCUCAAGACUUUAGCAAUGCAUGAAUUAAAUAUAAGCAGUUCUUAAAAGGAUGGUGCCCUGGAAAGUUUUUAGUUUGUGUACUCAAAAGAAGUAUCAUUCUUAAAAUAACAGACUUGUUGGACUUGAAAACUAAUGCCACUCUGGUUCAAUAUUAGGACAAAAGAGUUUCGCAGAAUAAUCUCAAAAAGGAGCAGUCUCCACGUAGCAUUGACCACAGAUGCAUUUUAUAUUAAAAUGUUAUUUAAGAGUGUAAGAUAGAGUUGGUAUACUGCUAAGGAAAUAAGCUAAUAUGAUUUUAUACUUAAUUUUGUUUUCCUUGUAGAAAUAUUGACUUACUAAAGCCACUGUUAAUAGUGAUUUAAGUUCUAACUCUAAAGACAAUUUCCGUCUUCCCCAAAUGCUGUAUUCUAAAUAUAUGACAGUAUAAUCAUGUACAUGUAAAGAUUGUAAACAACUAAAACUAAAUAUUAAGAGCUCUAAACUGAUACUUCAUAAAUCACGAACUGAAUUUUCUUCUCUCUUUUAAAUGAGAAUACAGGAGUUGAGUGUAUUCUUUUUAUUGGAGGUAUCUUUAGAUAGAUUACAGUAUAAUUUUGGCAAGUAAUUUUCCAGAACCUUUUCUGUACAAUUGCAGUAGCGUGAGAGAGGGA